AGGCCGCGCGCUGGGUGUGAACGCAGCACACGUGUCCGCCGUCCCCGCCUCCUCGCCCCGCCCCAUCCAUCCCGAUCUUACAGGGUCCGCCAACGCUCGCGAGAGCCCUCUUGGCUUCCACGUUUGCCACGUUCCAAAGGACCCAGACAGCCUGGAAAGUCGAAGGCGGCUCGCGCUCACACGCGGCUGCGACGCUCCAGAACAGCCCCAAGUCUGCAGGGGGCGGGGAAGCACGGCAGGGUUCCACCCUUUCGCAGGAGCCGUUGUGAUUGGCUGUCACCCCCGUCACUCAGCCUCCCCGAGGCGGGGAGGAGGCGGGGCUCGGGCGGGAAGGGGCGUGACCGAGGUGGGCCUGUGAGCCGCGCGCUCUCGCCUGGGGAAGGAGUCACAGGUUCGGCGCACGCGAGUGCUGGGCGCGCGCAGCCGGCACGCGGGCGAAAGUCCUCGGAGGCGCGGCGGGCGGUGCCGAGACCCAGGCGCAGCUGCAGGAGCGGCGGCCCGCACCCGCUGCAGCGCCGGCCGCCGUCAGCGGCCCCCGCGCCUCUGGUGUCCCGGCCCACUGAGGGAGCCCCCCACCCCUCACCCGUUUCAGCAGUGCGCGCAAUGGCCCCGCGCAAGAAUGCCAAGGGCGGCGGCGGCAACAGCAGCAGCGGCAGCAGCAGCAGCAGCAGUGGCUCCGGCAGCGGCAGCCCGGGCGCAGGCACCAGCGGCGGCAGCAGUAGCAGCCCGGGGGCCCGGAGAGAUACAAAGCAUGGAGGACAUAAAAAUGGGAGGAAAGGAGGACUUUCUGGAAGUUCAUUUUUCACAUGGUUUAUGGUCAUUGCAUUGCUGGGAGUCUGGACAUCAGUAGCUGUCGUCUGGUUUGAUCUUGUUGAUUAUGAGGAAGUUUUAGCCAAAGCAAAGGACUUCCGUUAUAACUUAUCAGAGGUACUUCAAGGAAAACUAGGAGUCUAUGAUGCUGAUGGUGAUGGAGAUUUUGAUGUGGAUGAUGCCAAAGUUUUAUUAGGCCUUAAAGAAAGAUCUGCUUCAAAGCCAACAGUCCCACCGGAAGAAGCUGAGCCAUACCCUUGGCUGGGGGAGCAGGUUUCCGAGGGUUCAGGUCCUCAGAAUAUUGACGAUGAAGUACAAGAACAAAUUCAGUCCCUUCACCAUGAGGCAGUGUAUACAGAACAUGGAGACGAUGUGCAGCAAGAAGAGGAGGGACCAGCCAGAAAACCACCGCUGGAAGAUGAUGAUUUCCUUAUAGGAAGUGACACAGAUGAUAGAUUUGAGCCUCUGGACAUUGGAGCAUUUCAUGAAGAAAUUGAAGAUAGUUACCAUGUAGAAGAGACAGCUUCACAGGUCUAUAACCAGGAUAUGGAGGAGAUGAUGUACGAACAGGACAAUCCAGAUCCCAUGGAACCAGUAGCAGGAGGCGAGGAGAGAACAUACCAUGAUGCAGAUGACAUUACAUACCAAGACUAUGAUGAACCAGUAUACGAGCCAUCAGAAAAUGAAGGGAUGGAAAGUUCAGAUAACGCUGUGGAAGAUUCAAACGUAAUUUUAGAAGAAGCACAUGUGCCCCCUGCCGAAGAACAACAGGAAGUACCACCAGAAACAAAUAGAAAAACAGAUGAUCCAGAACAAAAAGAAAAAGUUAAGAAAAAGAAGCCUAAACUAUUAAAUAAAUUUGAUAAGACUAUUAAAGCUGAACUUGACGCUGCAGAAAAACUUCGUAAAAGGGGAAAAAUUGAGGAAGCAUUGAGUGCAUUCCAAGAACUGGUUCGCAAAUACCCUCAGAGUCCACGGGCGAGAUACGGAAAGGCACAGUGUGAAGACGAUCUGGCCGAGAAAAGAAGGAGCAAUGAGGUGCUUCGUGGGGCCAUCGAAACCUACCAGGAGGUGGCCAGUCUGCCCGAUGUCCCCACAGACUUGCUGAAGCUGACCUUGAAGCGGCGCUCAGACCGACAGCAAUUUCUGGGUCAUAUGAGGGGUUCCCUGAUCACCCUACAGAAGUUAGUUCAACUAUUUCCUGAUGAUACUUCUUUAAAGAAUGACCUUGGAGUGGGGUACCUCUUGAUAGGAGAUAAUAACAAUGCCAAGAAGGUUUAUGAAGAGGUUCUGAAUGUGACGCCUAAUGAUGGCUUUGCUAAAGUGCAUUAUGGCUUUAUCCUGAAGGCGCAGAACAAAAUUGCUGAGAGCAUUCCCUACUUAAAGGAAGGAAUAGAAUCUGGGGACCCCGGCACUGACGAUGGCAGGUUUUACUUCCACCUGGGGGAUGCCAUGCAGAGGGUUGGGGACAAAGAGGCCUAUAAGUGGUACGAGCUUGGGCACAAGAGGGGACAUUUUGCAUCUGUGUGGCAGCGCUCCCUCUACAACGUGCAUGGACUGAAAGCCCAGCCAUGGUGGACCCCAAAAGAAACGGGCUACACAGAAUUGGUGAAGUCCUUAGAAAGAAACUGGAAGUUAAUCCGCGAUGAAGGCCUUGCAGUGAUGGACAAAGCCAAAGGCCUCUUCCUGCCUGAAGAUGAAAACCUGAGGGAGAAAGGUGACUGGAGUCAGUUUACGCUGUGGCAGCAAGGAAGAAAAAAUGAAAAUGCCUGUAAAGGAGCUCCUAAAACCUGUUCUCUACUCGAUAAAUUCCCCGAGACAACAGGAUGCCGAAGAGGACAGAUCAAGUAUUCCGUCAUGCACCCGGGAACCCACGUGUGGCCGCACACGGGCCCCACCAACUGCCGGCUCCGGAUGCACCUGGGCUUGGUGAUUCCCAAGGAAGGCUGCAAGAUCCGAUGUGCCAACGAGAGCAAGACGUGGGAAGAAGGCAAGGUGCUCAUCUUUGAUGACUCUUUUGAGCACGAGGUAUGGCAGGACGCUGCGUCUUUCCGGCUGAUAUUCAUCGUGGACGUGUGGCACCCAGAGCUGACCCCCCAGCAGAGACAGAGCCUUCCUGCGAUUUAGUGUGUUGUACAGGCUUGGGACACACUGGAGAGAGGCUGCCUUUCCGCUUCCAUCUCCUUGGGUGUAGGGACACAGGUUCCAAGUCUGAGGCCCUUGAUUCCUUUGAUUGCAGCCCGAAAAAUUCCGAGGCUCCUCCUAGGAUUAGAAGACACUAAAAGGAAUAUUUGCCUUGCUGCAGUUCAUGUAGAAAGUACUCUGCUGUACUUCCUCCCAUGACGGCACCCAUCUGAUGCCACAUUUUCAGGUGAACACGGGAUAGCUUCUACCUUGUCAGCCAAAGAUGCUUUCUCCACUUAGAAGAGGCCUAAAUCAGUGUACAAUGAGAAGAUAUGUAGAAACUGUGAAUGGAUCGCUUUAGCUUGUAAUCUUUCUAUGCAAUUACAUUUUUCUAGGGUAGCUAGGCAAUUUUGUCAUCACGCACCACUACUUUCUUGUUGAUUUUGAUAAUGAGCUGCGGAAAUGCUGUUCAAUGGUAACUUUCCCCGUGAACCCAUACUUCCCUCUUUUAAUUAUUUUUAGUGAAAGACACUCAUAAAAGAAGCAAUUAUAUUUUCCUACUACAAAGGAGAAAGAUGUACUUGUGCUGAUGUCUGCGGACUGUACUGCUUCCUACCAACUGAGUCCAUUUGCUAUUUCAAAUCGUCAUUGAAAGACGGUGUCUUCAUUUCUCUCCUCACCAUGCAAAUGGUAGAGACUCUGUCUUUCUGAGAGGAACUUUUCACACUGAAAGAAGACAUGGAAUUAUUUUAUAUCGAGGUAUGAAAGUGCCACAUGAAAAUUUUUUUAAUGCCAAGAAUUAGGACUUGAAAAAGUAACAUUUCUCGGAGUAAAAACGUUCUCUCAGGAUCAAAUAGCGAGGUGGCUGCUAGGACAUCGGGCUCCUUGGCCUCUUUGCCGUCUGAGAAAGGGCUGGAACCCAGAGUCUCCUUGCCUGUUGUAGAUCCACGUGAGUGAGGAGGUCCUUAGGUGGGUCCCCACCACAAUUUUGUAAAAAUAUGAAGGAUGGCAGAGUGAAAGACCUCAAGAAUGCCAGGAUCUUUGUCCUGCAUUUAGGAUGUCCAGAUCGCCUUCCUCUUUGACAGAGUUUGGAAGACUCUUGUGUUUCCCUGGCUUGAGAAACUUCUGCCAUUUAAAUAUAGCUUUGAAGUAGCAAUCGUUGUCCAUAGUUUAGCUUUAAUGUUACGCACAGCGUAGAAGUAACAGUUGAAAAAUGGUUUUGCCUCCUUAUUCCAAAGAUGAUCAAACUUAGAAGAGUAUUAAUGCAUUAAAUAUUGCAUGUUUCCAGUCCAAACUAGAAAUGAUAGCUAUGUGAAUGUAAUGAUAUUCAUGUACCUGAAUUUUAAGCCAAUAUGAACAAAAAUGCUGAAGAAAUGACACAGCAGUUACCAAAUCUCAUUCACGGGUAGAAAAAAACACUUGUGCUUCCUUUCCAUUUAAGGACAAAGAGGGAUGCUUUAUGUCUUUUAAAAAGAGUUCUUUAACGUUGAAAUGGACCCUUUUGGCUUGACGUGAGCUUCCAGUGAGAAGGGUUUGCAAGAUAUUUUGUUCCCGUCUGUUUUGCCAAAACAAUCCCGCUAAAAUAGAUGAAGAAGCACAUGAGGAAAGUAUCGAAAUUACCAAAGUCCAGAAGAAAACGCAAACUCUUGAAAAUAAAAAGGUGUUGUGUCCUUCAGUAUUUAUUGAACGGAAGAAAUGACUGACAAAGGACAACACAAUCCAAUGCUCCUGUAAGAAUAUUCAUGUCACUUACUGAAUUUGGUUCUUACAUGUAUACCGCAUACACAUAAAGAAAUUUAAAGUAUGAGUUGUCAGUGUUAAACCAUCAUCUUACGUUCAUUUAAUGAAAUCACGGACUAGAGUAAAAACUAGCUCUUGACUUAAUAAUUAUAAUAUGGUAUUUCAAAUCAGGCCACUACAGUAGGUUCUAAAUGUUGCCAAUUGAAAAGCCAGAGUUAUCCUUACUGUUGUAAAGUGUUGGCAAUAAUUGACUCUGAUACCGUUUUAAACACUUGGAUCCCUCAACUAUUUUAUAAACACAAGUAAUAAAAUGGAUUUUCUAAUUCACUUUAA